CCUCCUGAGUUGGUUUAUGUGUGAGCAGUGAGUGAUUGACUUUAUCAGUCCAAGGACAUUACUCAGUUGGAGAGGGUGAACUGUUUCCAGGAUUUUCGGAAGCAAAAGGAAUUAAAAGAAAACUUUUUUUUCCUGAACAUUCCACAUGAACUGUAUCCAGUGCUGACCACAGAUCAGAACUGCACUGCUCAGCUCAUUCAUGACAAUGCUAUUAGAUGGAGGACCGCAGUUUCCCACCCUGGGAGUUGGUGGGUUUGGGACAGCUCGCCAUCAUGAGAUGUCCAACCGAGAUGCUGGCAUGGGGCUUAAUCCAUUUACUGAGCCUUCUCAUGCUGCGGCUUUUAAGCUCAGUCCAGCCAGUCAUGAUCUCUCCUCAAGCCAGAGCUCAGCUUUUACCCCACAGGCUUCUGGAUAUGCCAAUUCGCUUGGACAUCAUGCUGGGCAGGUGCCAUCUUAUGGUGGUGCAGCCUUUAACUCCACACGCGAUUUCCUUUUCCGAAAUCGGAACUCUGGAAUUGCGGAAUCAACCUCUGCAGGUGGUCAGCAUGGACUUUUUGCCAGCCAUGGUCCCCCAGGAAUUGGUGAGCCCCCAGGACACCUGAUCUUCCCUGGACUUCAUGAACAAAGUUCCAGCCACGGAUCAUCCAAUGGACAUAUGGUCAAUAGUCAAAUGCAUUUAGGACUCAGGGGAGAUAUUUUUGGGCGUCCAGAUCCUUACAGGGCAGUGCCCAGCCCAAGGACAGAUCAUUAUGCUGCUGCCCAAUUUCAUAAUUAUAAUCACAUGAAUAUGAGCAUGAAUGUAGCUGCUCACCAUGGCCCUGGGGCUUUCUUUAGGUACAUGAGGCAACCCAUCAAACAAGAGUUAUCGUGUAAGUGGCUUGAGGAAUCACCAAUGAACCGUCCUCAGAAAACCUGUGACAGGACAUUUAGCAGCAUGCAUGAACUGGUUACACAUAUGACAAUGGAACAUGUUGGGGGUCCAGAACAAAGUAAUCACAUAUGUUACUGGGAGGAAUGUCCCAGAGGAGGUAAAUCUUUUAAAGCAAAGUAUAAACUAGUGAAUCAUAUCAGGGUGCACACAGGAGAGAAACCCUUUCCAUGCCCCUUUCCUGGAUGUGGGAAAAUCUUUGCACGCUCAGAAAAUCUCAAGAUCCACAAAAGAACUCAUACAGGUGAGAAGCCAUUCAAGUGUGAGUUCGAGGGAUGCGAUAGAAGGUUUGCAAACAGCAGUGACAGGAAAAAACACAUGCAUGUGCACACGUCAGAUAAGCCAUAUAUCUGCAAAGUGUGUGAUAAAUCCUACACUCACCCCAGCUCCCUAAGAAAGCACAUGAAGGUUCAUGAAUCACAAGGGUCUGAUUCUUCUCCUGCUGCCAGCUCAGGGUACGAAUCUGCUACCCCACCAGCAAUGGUUUCUGCCAACAGUGAGGAACCUUCCAAAAAUUCUUCAGCAACACAUCAGACUAACAGCAACUCUCAUAACACAGGACUACUUCCAUCUAAUUUUAAUGAAUGGUAUGUUUGAGCAAAAUGUACAGAGGCCUAGUCAUGCUCAACAAAAGGACCAAAAAAAGAGAAUACAAUUUUUUUGUUGAACCAAGGCGGAAAUGGAAUUUACCACACAAGCAACAGUAUAGGGCUUCAUAUUGUUAAAAUCAUUUACCAACAUUUUUAAAGAUGGCUGCGGACUAACGAUGCCCUUUUCUCAGGAUCUAAACACAUUUUUUGGCGUUUGUAUUUCUUCUGAUUUUAUGUUCUCCCCUUUUCAUUUUAAAACAACUUCACUCUUUUUUUUUUUUUAAAGAAAUUAAGAGGUUUUUAGCUGAUGUAUUUAACAUGAAAAUUCUCCACCUUGUUGGUGAUUGUUAAACUCUCACAUUCUUAAACAGUGCCAAAGUCUUGUUAUGUCUUGAACCUAACUCAAAGCAUUACACUUGUGAAUGUACUCCUUGUCUUAUAGGGUCAAAGCUGUUGUGUGGUAUAUUUUCAGAAAUGGGGAUGUGAUGUUCAUACACAGAUUGUGACCGUUUAGUACAGUUGCCUUUUGUAACAACUUUUGUAAAUACAUAUCCACGAUGCCAUAUUUAUCAUUUGUAAUUUAAUUAUUGAUACAAGUGCCGGGAACUGAACAAUAUUUAUGAAAAAAAAAAGUUUUUCUAACAAAACUCUGUAUAGCUUUUGGUUAUAACUGCUUUAGCAUUAAAAUGUAUUGUUUUGAAGAAUUCCCAUUUAAACUGUCUAACAAAUGUUUGUUUACUUCAUGCAACACUGAAACUAAUGAAAAUAUUCUGAUUCUGCUGUAUUAAUUGGACAUCAAAAACUAUAAUUUUUCAGCUUGUUUGGGCAAUACUUGUAGAUAUAUGAAAUAUUUAAGAUAAGAUCCUAUUUAUUUUGAAGAAUAAAGUAUAACUGAAGUACUCGUUGACAUUUGGCAGGUAAAUCAAAUAUUUCUAAUCAAUUCAGCUAGGUACAAUGACAUCUCUAUCUUGAGCUUCAAAGAACAAUAUCUGUGCUUUCUGUUCCCCUAUCUGCAAAAUGCAAAGCUUGUGAUAGGUUCAGUUUUAUCAUGUACCCAAAAGGAGUAAGGUUCAUGUUCAGUAAUGCACUUGCUAAUUUACAUAGCUAUGAAAAUUGCUACAUUUUGGUAGUUUAUUUAGUAAAAUCCCCUAGUCCUCUGUAGGCCCAAUAUCAAAUUGAAAUCUAAAGUAUGUCUGGCUAUGCUGCAAACUGCAAAAUUUAUAAUUGUAUCACAGAUAAUAUGCUCACAUAAGGCUAAAUAUUUGUUCCUGCUUUGGGAUUUUUUUGCAGUGGAAUACUGUAUACCCUUUUUACACAAAUAUCAUACACCAUUGUAACUUAAACUGGAAUUAGCUAGAGGUCCAAUUCCUAAAUAUUAAUCAUUCUUUAUUUUCAAUAUUUUAUUUAUCACAGCCCCAAUAAAAAAAAUAUUAUACAUAGCUUUCUUUACCUUCCAUUGCUAAUUAUUGUUUUAAAUAAUUGAUUCAAAACCUACAUUAUUGUAAUUUGGCAAUAUACUACCAAAAUCAGCAUUUCUAUUACUGGAACACGUAUUAGUGUUUUGAUGAUUAAUCAUUAUUCAUUUUUCCAUCACAAGUACUAGACCAGCUAUGUUCACUAUUCCAGUGUAAGUGUGACUUUUCCAAAAUAUCAGAAGCAGACUAUAAGGAUUCUCAAAGAGUUUCCAGGUAUAUUAUUUAGUUGUCAGACAGAGCUAUAAAAUCACCCUGCAUUACGCUGAGUAAAAUCAAAAUGUCAUUAUUAUCUAGAUGUUACAGACUUUUAGCAUUUGGGUAUUUAAAGUACAGCAAAAAGGCAAUGAAUGCAGUUGCAAAACAACUUAAUGGAAUUUAUAGGAAGGCCCUGAGAAGAUAAUUGUAAAACAAAGCAUUUGCUCUUUAUUCAACAAAGAGAACACAUUUGCAUUCUGGCACUUUUUAUAAAUAUAUUGUUUUGAUCCAAUUUAACUAAGUUCCUGCCUUCAUACAUAUGCUCCAAAGAUUUUAAAAUGGGGCUUUGAUUAGGACAUUGUAAUGUAGAUUUAAAAAAACAUUGGGGAAAGUACCAAACAAAUCCAUCAUGUAAAUGAGCUAAGCAAUCCAAUGAUACUGUGGAACAUGUUAAAGAAAGAAGAAGUGCAGUUUGACUACUACAAGUACAUGAAUGGGGGUAUGUAACAUUAGGAUAAAUGAAUUUUUGUUUAUUCAGAUAUGUCAGUCUCUACUGAAUUCAGCAUUUUGAUAAAGAGUCCAUUAGUUUGUCAUUAAAGUUAGUUUUCAGAACAGCAUCUGGAUGUAAAGCAUCUAGCUAAGCCCAUGCUGUGCACCAUUCGUUUGCAACAGUUACGGUUACAGUUACAAAGUAACCUACGCCAGUUCAUAGUAUGGUAUGUUCUGGCAUAAAUGUACAAAUCCCUGAGCUAAACACAAAUAAAAAAAAAAUACUUAGCUGAAUAUCAGAGCAGAGGAAAUGUUUCUACACUGAAAGCAACAAUGAUUUUUUUUUUACAUUUUGACAAACUGACAAUCCUAUAUUUGGGUGAAACCCAUCCAGUGACAGACGUAAGACUAUAUGUAUAUACAAAACCCAUUUAGUUCUGCUGUUUGUUCAAAGCAUAGCACAGGACUAGUAAGAUAAAAGUAUGUAAGUAUACUUUAAUUGCCAAAUAUAUUUUAAGAAAAUAUACUAUCCUUAAAAUCGUGAACUGCACUAUACUUUCUCUGUCAUUCACACAAUUGGUGCCAUCAUAUGCUAUGUCAUAUCAAUAUUUUCCUUAGAAUUAAUGAUAUUUUAUUUCUGGGUGCAUGUGCCUAUACAUUUUAGAGAAUACAUUCUGGUAUCUGGUAGCUUCUUGCAAGACACAAUUUCAAGCAAGAAGUUUUAGAAUUUCUUGAAGGAUUCAUGAGAGAAGGAUGUUGAUGUUUAGGCCGAAAAGCCUAACUCUAAAUCGUAUUAGCAGCUUACUGGAUGUGCCGAUGAAGUGAGUGAUCCAAUUGAUGUUAAUAGAAAUAAAAACAGAUGGAUGUGGUGGAAGUGGAAAUAUUGGUAUAGACACGAGAAGAAGACAAAAUUAUAUUUUUUCUGGCUAUCUGAAGUAUUUGCAGUAAUAUUAUUCUGCUGUGCAUCAGUCUGUAAUACACUUUGGAUAACAAUCACAGCUUCAAGAAAUAAACAUUGCCAGGUUGAAUGAAAAUUAAUUGUACUCAUUUGCUAAAAUAAAAUAAUUUUUCUACA